CUAACUGACACCUUCUAUAUUGGGAGACUGCUCGGACUGAUUUACUGAGAGCAGACUGAUCUACUAUCCUGCGCCCUUCCUGUGUUAACGUACGCCAUGGGCUUGCUUGACCAGCUAUGGGACGACACCGUUGCGGGGCCACGGCCGGAGACAGGCCUCGGCAAGCUACGGAAGCACUCUUCUUUCAGUUUCCGGUCUACCUCCGGCAAGGAAUCAGGUAACGUUAGAUCUUUCGGUGAUGAUUCGCCGGAGGAGGCGGCGAGAGUAACGCGUAGUAUAAGAAUAGUAAAGCCGCCAGGGUACCAGAACGGUUCGCCGCCAGGGUACCAGAACGGUUCGCCGCCAGUAUCGCCUGCAGGUUCCACCCCACCUUUGUCUCCAUUUUCCGGUGAGGAGGAGGCAGAGAGACAUCGUACCGGUUUAGAAGGAGGUCAACAUCGGAUGCAUACGAGAAAGGAAGCGAGGACGUCGGAGCCAGGAUUGUUCCUCCUUAUAACGAUGUGUGAGCUUUAGAGAAACUCAAAACCUUUUCGCCUUUUGUUUCAUCCCGGCUGCCGGAAAUCUUCGGAGGUAUGAUUAUGGAUCGCCGAUGAGACUAGUAGAAUGCCCGACCUUCAUUCCCCCUCCCGCAAAAUCGUAUAAUAUCCAGGUCGAAUUCCUCUGUAGCUUAUAGUCUAUUCUGCAAUGAGUGUUUAUGUUAUAUUGGUACUAUUAUCCCGUCCUAUGCAACCUUGGUGUCUUACUACUUGUAACAUAUAUAUAUAUAUAUAGCUAGGUAUGCUAAUAUAUGUAUGUAGUUAUGUAUGUAACGUAGUGGCAGUUUGUUUCGUGUAAAUAGAGAGGGCUGUAGCGAUGUUUUUGUUAUGCAACGUUGUCGUUUCUUCUUUUCUUGGGAAAUAAGAAUGAUCUUUGAUCUCCCUUUCUCUGCUUCA